AUGUGUGGGCAAUGUGGAGUUCCGCAUCAAGAAAGAAAAGAAAAAGAAAAGAAUGGGGUUGGUUCCAACGAUUCCAACCGGGGAAGCGCGAAAAAAGAAUUCCGCAACGGCAUUGCCUCGUCUCGCUUCCACACGCCCCCCAUCCUCAUCCAUGAUCAAUUAUCCCGCCUUUUUUGGUCGCUUCCCCGACAUUACCGCAGUUUUUUGUUGAAAUCUCGUUUAACACAUGGUGAUACCUUAUCAGCUGCUCUAUUAUAG